AUGUCAACGGAUGGGAGCGAUGUUGCUUCCCCAUUGAAUCGGCUUUCUUGGCUCCGCUCAUCGCACUCCUUUCUCAAUGCCAUUAUUCUCUCUGAGAAGACGCGUUGGCUCGUUUCCAAUGCUGGGCAACAACUCGUCUCAGUGCCUUCCUCCGCACCCUCGACCAAGCCUGUUAUCGCUCAACUGACCACGGAACAAAUCAAGCCAUAUCUUGGCCCAGCCCCAUUCUUCGGACAAGGCAAAGAGGAAGGCAGAACACUCAUCUCCGACGAGGAAACACAUUUCACCGAAUCUGCGCGUUUCCGUGGGGUCCGCGUCGUCUUCCUCGGCCUGCUCGAUGCACUGUCCACUGAGAAUGCGCUACCCACAUCAGACUUUACCGAUCCAGAAGUCGCCAUCAAGAAAUUAGAAGGCACACCAUACUUUGCAGUGGAUAUCGGCGAGUCUGGGGUAGACAGCGACCUCCUUUUGAGUGUAGACGGGAACUUCACCCUCAGUUGGGCAGAACCAAGAGGCCUACUCAUGACCUUGCACCUCGACCCCGUUUCGUUGUCGCUGUUCAACGAAGCGCGGAGUAUGGUGGACUGGAAUCAGCGGAAUAAGUUUUGUCCUGCCUGUGGUUCACCGACCUAUUCGGGGUGGGGUGGAUGGAAAAUCAAUUGCAAAACUCUUCUACCGUGGGCAGAUAAUACUGGCCGUACGCCUUGUCCUACAUCGCGGGGCUUACAUAAUUUUGCACACCCAAGGACGGAUCCAGUCGUUAUCACUAUCACUGUGGAUGAGACUGGAGAGAAAAUUUUACUUGGUCGCGGUAAAAAAUAUCCAGGGAAAUUCUAUUCCGCUCUUGCUGGGUUUAUGGAGCCGGGAGAAACCUUUGAAGAAUCGGUUGUGCGCGAACUCUGGGAAGAGGCUGGGGUCAAAGUCUCGGAGGUAUCUUACCACUCUGGGCAGCCAUGGCCAUUCCCCGCUAAUCUUAUGGUGGGAUUCUAUGCGCGAGCGGACUCCACACAACCGAUCCGUACCGAUCUGGACAAUGAACUUGCCGAUGCAGGUUGGUAUACUCGGGCUGAAGUCCUGGCUGUUUUGAAUCACGUUCACGGGAGCCGUAUCACCAAAUCCGACCAGCAGAAGAUGAAAGAAGCUAUCGAGGGGGCACCUAGCAGCUCUGAACCUGCUGCUGGGCCAGUCAAAGAAGCGCCAGCUGUGGAUGAGCCACCUUUCCGCGUUCCACCAACGACGGCAAUCGCUGGUGUUUUAAUCCGCGACUGGGCGUUCGGGAAUAUUAAGUUUCCAGUGAGGACGUAUGGACAGAGUGUAAAGAAAGGUAACCUGUAG